AUGGCGUGGAACAGAGCGAUUGGGGCUACAUUGUUGGCUUUGUUCCUCGUGGACCUCGCUUUUGCCGCCCGAUCACCAAGGAAAGGGUUCGGUGAAGGAGGGGGCUGGGGAGGGGGUGGCGGAAGCGGCGGCGGUGGAGGAGGAGGACUGUUUCCUGGUUCGGGUUACGGUUAUGGUUCGGGCGGAGGCGAAGGAUACGGUGAGGGAGAAGGCGACGGAGCGUUCGGCAGAGGCGGGGGUGGCGGUGGAGGAAGCGGUGGUGGAGGUGGGGGAGGAACAGGAGGGUUCGGAUCUGGAUUCGGAUCUGGAAGCGGUUCAGGAUUUGGAAAAGACGGUGGAGGCGGCGGGGGCAGAGGAGGAGGAGGAGGCGGAGGAUCCGGAGGCGGAAAUGGAUCGGGAUACGGCUCGGGAUACGGCAGCGGAGGUGGAUAUGGAAGUGGAGGCGGUGGAGGAGGAGGAGGCGGUGGCGGUGGCGGUGGCGGAGGUUCCUCAGGGAAUGGCUCCGGGUUUGGUUCUGGAUACGGAUCGGGGUACGGAUCCGGACGUGGAGGAUGGGAAGAAGAAAUGUCGCCAUGA